AUGGCAGCCUCGACCCGACAACCUGCUCGCCCGCGUCGCAUCGACGACGCCCUCUCCCAGCUUGUCGAUGCUCUCACUCCUCCGCUCCCCGUCUCCGCCAUACAAGAGGAAGAUUACUCCGACCCAGAAGAAGCCCUCGCCGCAGCGGAAGAACACCGCCACAAUGCGAAGUUAGACCACGCCUGGCGCACUAUCGACGCGCAUUCCAGCAAUCCAGCCGAUGGCGGCUCGCUGGGUCCAGGCGGACGCCGUGGGAGUCUCGCGGGAACGGAGAACAUCAACAACGCGCCAGACCUGAUCAAGCGGAAACUACGGCGCGAGAACGCAAGCCCGGAUAAAGCGGUACGCUUCUCGAAUCUAUACUCCCGCCUCCUCACGCAGCCAGUGCUCUCGCAGAAAUGGGGCAUUCUGUAUUUACUCUACAAAUUAUCCGAGAACGACGAGCAAGGGGAGGCUCACGACCUGAGACGAGGCACGAAUCCGCGCCCUGUUGAUUCGGAAGACGAGGGCCCGGCCGUGAGCUCUUCUGCGUCACAGCAAGCCCGCCCCCAAUCCCGUCCCACGUCUGCAAAGCCAGAACGGCAGAGCUCGCUCCGUCGUGACUGGGAGCGUCAAGAGGUAGAGGAUGCAGCACGUGUGUCUUUUGACACAGCGCGUGAUGACCGCGCUGAAGAGGAAUUUGAUGCGCCAGCAUCGACUGCGACACCAGCAACGUUUCCUCGUUCGGCGGAGUCUGUUGAGAAUGGACUUUUACGCGACCUACCUUUCAACUUGCAGGGACUUUCGUCGUCGAACUUACAGUUUAAAUCUUCGAAGAGCUUGAAGUUGCCGGCAAAUUUACCAUCGCCCAUUAUUUCUUUGCUAAAUUCAUUGGCUGAACCGUGUCUUCUUUACAAAGAACUAUCUGCUUUUGUGGAGGGCUCUGAGGAGGGACUUGUGAAUCAGAGUCUACGAGCUGCUAUCGCUACUGAAUUGCGAUCUUAUCUUCGCUUGGUUGCCACGCUGGAAGCGGAGAUUCGACAGGCACUUGCUGCGCUCGGGGAUGGGCGAGAACCAAAAGGUGUCCGGAAAGGUGGAGUUACUCUGAAGCGGUGCAUGGUAUGGACAAGAGAUGCGACAAUGGCUCUUCGAUUGAUGAGUUUGAUUGUUGAGGAGGCUCGUGACAAAAAGGGCGGCCAAUUGAUCUCCCUAAUCCAUGGCUUCUCAUCAUCACACGGGGAUCCCUUCGUUGGUGCAUUUGCCGAAAAGCUCUUGGCUCAUGUGACCCGUCCAUUCUAUGACAUGCUCCGGUCAUGGAUUUACGAUGGCGAGCUGUCUGAUCCAUACAAGGAGUUCUUCGUCGCUGAGCCAACCUCCCGGCCCGGUACAAACCAGAGACACAUCGCCACCAGCGUCUGGGAAGACAAGUAUAAGUUGGAUGAUGACCUGGUCCCUUCAAUUAUUACUCAGGAUUUCGCAAAAAAGGUGUUCUUGAUCGGCAAAUCACUGAAUUUCAUUCGCUACGGUUGUGGGGAUUCAGCCUGGGUCGAGGCUUAUUCAAAGGAUGCCUCGAAGGAACUUCGAUAUGGUGAUACGGCUACCUUGGAAUUUUCAAUUGAUGAAGCCUAUAAGACUACGAUGGCGCGGCUGAUCCACUUGAUGGAUGACAAAUUUAAGCUAUUUGAUCACCUGCGAGCGCUCAAGAAGUAUCUUCUGCUUGGACAAGGAGACUUCAUCGCUUUGUUAAUGGAGUCGCUGGCCUCCAAUCUGGAUCGACCGGCAAAUUCGCAAUACCGACAUACUCUCACUGCCCAGCUCGAACAUGCCAUCCGUUCUUCGAACGCACAGUAUGACUCCCCAGACGUGCUGCGCCGACUCGAUGCUCGAAUGCUCGAACUCACCCACGGUGAGAUUGGCUGGGACUGCUUCACGCUGGAAUACAAGAUUGAUGCUCCCGUGGAUGUUGUCAUCACACCCUGGGGAUCAACCCAAUACCUGAAAGUUUUCAACUUCCUCUGGCGCGUGAAGCGAGUCGAAUUCGCACUUAGCAGCACCUGGCGCCGCUGCAUGACCGGUGCCCGCGGCGUCUUGGGAAGUGUAGAUGAUAAAGUCGGGCCAGACUGGAAACGAGCACGCUGCGUGAUCGCCGAAAUGAUCCACUUCGUCAACCAACUGCAGUAUUACAUCCUGUUCGAAGUGAUCGAAUCCAGCUGGGACCAGCUCCAAGCGGCCGUUUCGAAACCUGGUUGCACUCUCGACGAUCUAAUCGAAGCACACACCAAAUAUCUUAACUCAAUCACCCACAAGGGCCUCCUGGGCUCAUCUACAUCCUCGAGCUCCCGCUACGGUACCUCAACAUCCGCAAACGCCAAGCAACCUGAAGAGAGCUUCCUCAGUCAGCUUCACCACAUCCUCAAAAUAAUGCUCGCCUACAAAGACGCCGUGGACGGCUUAUACUCAUUCUCAGUUGCCGAAUUCACCCGUCGCCAAGAAAUAAGCGCCAAAAUCGAAACUCGUACUGCCCAAGGCCGCUGGGGCGUAACAGAGCGCGAUCUGAACCGCCGAACAAAUAGUCGCGGUAGCACCUCGGCCUCAACGCCCGACAUACGACCCGCCAGCUCCGGCCCGAACCCGGAUGGACUCGGUACCCCGUUCUCUCUUUCAGCACAGGAUCUCUCAGCAGACGAUAGCAUGCUCUCGACGUUGCGCGUCCGACUGCAUGAUCUAUCCAUCGACUUCAGAUCUCGUCUAAAUAUCCUCCUAGGAGACCUCUCUUACCAACCGGACGUGGAUAUGCGCUUCCUGGCAGUGGUUAUGAAUUUCAAUGAUGUCUAUGAGCCUGCGAGGCGAAGGAAGACGGACAAAGAGAAGGAAAGGGAGAGGUAUAAGCGGAAGCUUGCUGGGACUGCGGCUUCGGGGACUGGCUCGGGGACGGAGUCGGGGCCUCAUAAGGAGGUGCGCAGGGAGCGAAGUGCGACGAAUGAGCAGUCAUAA